AUGGAGCUCUUUCCAUCUCUGUUCACAGCAGCCUAUGCUGGGAGACACAAUGAGGUCCUGAAGGCGAUUGUGCAGGCUUGGCCCUUUGCCUGCCUUCCUCUGGGGACUCUGAUGAAGGAAUGGCAGCCUCAUCAGGAGGCCUUCCAAGCUGUGCUCAGAGGGCUGGAUACACUCCUUACUCAGGAGGUUCGCCCUAGGAAAUGGAAACUGCAAGUUCUGGAUUUACGCCAGAAAACUCCUCAAGACUUAGAAACUUUAUGGACUAGAACCAGGGAUGGUCUGUGCUUACUGCCAGAGGCUGCCCAGCCACUGAUGAAGAAGCAAAAAGUAGGUGAUUCUGGAAGGGGAGUGAAACAACCCUUGGCUCCUGUGCAGGUGCUCAUAGACCUGUACCUCAAUAAAGGAAGCCAUGAUGAGUUGCUCACUUCCCUUAUUGAGAAGGUCAAGCAAAGGAAAGGUUUACUGUAUCUAAGCUGCAAGAAGCUGAGGAUUUUUGAAGUACCCUUGCAGAAUAUUAAGAUGAUCCUGAAGAUGGUACAGCUGGACUCUGUCCAAGAUUUGGAAGUGAGCUUUACCUGGAAACUGCCAAUUUUGGGGAAGUUUGCUUCUCAUCUGGGCCAGAUGCAUAAUCUGCGCAGACUCAUCCUGUCCCACAUCCAGAUAUCUCCCGGUACCUCCUCAGAGGAUGAAGAACAGUGUGUCAACCAGCUAAGCACUCAGUUCCUCUGUCUGCAUCACCUCCAGGAGCUGCAUUUGGAAUCUCUCUUCUUCCUUCAAGGCCGCCUGCACAAUGUGCUCAGAUGCCUGGUGAGCCCCUUGAAGAUUCUCUCGGUCACCAGUUGCCUGCUUCUGGAAUCAGACUUGAUGAAUCUGUCCCAGUGCCCCAACACCAGGCAGCUGAUGGAACUGAAUCUUAACAGGGUCAGCCUGAGUAAUGUAAUUUCUGAGAGCAUUGGAGCUCUGCUGAAGAGUGUGUCUGCCACCCUCCAGAACCUGAGCUUAAAUGAAUGUGGCAUCAUAGACUCUCAACUCACUGCCAUUCUACCUUCCAUACGCCAAUGCUCCCAGCUUACAGUCUUCACCUUUUCUGGGAACCCUGUCUCCAUGUCUGUUCUGGAAAGCCUUCCACAUCAUACCAUUGGACUGACCAAGCUAAGACGUGUGCGCUAUCCUGCCCCACGUGAGAGUUAUGAGAAUGCUGAUGAUAUCAACCACCUGGGGAUGCUUGCUCACCUACAAGCCAGGCUGAUGCAGGUGCUGCGUGAGUUAGGGCAUAACAACGUGGAGUGGCUCGGUGCCAACUCUUGUCCCCAUUGUGACUGGCCUUUGUAUGACCCAUAA